GAGCGGAAGGGGCGGAGCUUUCCAGAGCACCGGAGAAGAAACUCGUUUAGGCAGCGGAGGAUUCAAGUCCGUAUCUAUCAAACUAAAUUAUGACGGAGGGAACGCACCUGCGGAGGCGAGGGGGGCCGUACAAGACCGAGGCCGCCACAGACCUGAGCCGCUGGAGGCUGAGUAGCGUGGAGGGCAGGCAGACCUGGUGCUAUGUGGGAGAUCAGGACCCCCCUGACAGAGAGCAGACCAUGCUGGAAGCCCAUUCCCUGGGCUUGGACACGAGUGUGUUUGUGUCCGGCUCUGAAGCUGCCCACACGGCUGUAGACGCAGCUCUGAAAGGAAUGCUCUUCUACAGCCACCUCCAGGCCGAGGACGGUCACUGGGCCGGGGACUACGGCGGACCUCUCUUCCUGCUCCCAGGUCUCCUGAUCACAUGCCACGUGGCUAAGAUCCCCCUGGCCGAAGCCUGGAAGAAAGAGAUGGUGAGGUACCUGCGCUCUGUGCAGCUGCCGGAUGGAGGCUGGGGCCUACAUAUCGAAGAUAAGUCGACCGUCUUCGGCACGGCGCUGAGCUACAUCUCAUUGAGGAUCCUGGGAUUGGAGCCGGAUGAUCCAGAUGUGGUUCGAGCCAGGAACAACUUGCACGGCAAAGGAGGGGCUGCGGGGAUUCCCUCAUGGGGCAAAUUCUGGUUGGCCAUCUUGAAUGUCUACAGCUGGGAGGGAAUGAACACACUGCUCCCAGAGAUGUGGCUGUUUCCCACUUGGAUGCCGGCCCACCCCUCUACCCUGUGGUGUCACUGCCGCCAGGUCUACCUCCCCAUGAGCUACUGCUACGCGGUCAGGCUGGCCGCAGAGGAAGACUCCCUUGUCCUCAGCCUCAGACAGGAGCUGUAUGUCCAGGACUACGCCACCAUCAACUGGCCCGCUCAGAGGACCAAUGUAGCGGCAUGUGACAUGUACACGCCUCACAGCACACUGCUCACUGUCGCCUACAUGGUGUUGAACGUGUACGAAGCCCACCACAGCGCCGCCCUGAGAGGAAAGGCUGUCAAAGAACUGUAUGAACACAUCCAGGCCGACGACCGCUUCACUAAAUGCAUCAGCAUUGGACCGAUCUCAAAGACUAUCAACAUGCUGGUUCGCUGGUAUGUGGACGGCCCCUCCUCUCCGGUCUUUCAGGAGCACGUGUCCAGGAUCCCAGACUACCUCUGGUUGGGAUUGGAUGGCAUGAAGAUGCAGGGGACCAACGGGUCUCAGCUCUGGGACACUUGUUUUGCUGUACAGGCUUUCCUUGAGGCCGGAGCUCAAGAUAACUCCAGACUAGCCGAGUGCCUCCGAGACGCCCAUCAGUUCCUCACCAUCACACAGAUACCUGAGAAUGUUCCUGAGUACCAGAAGUACUACAGGCAGAUGAACAAGGGAGGCUUCCCCUUCAGUACCCGCGACUGUGGCUGGAUCGUGGCCGACUGCACGGCAGAGGGCCUGAAGUCGGUGAUGCUGCUGCAGGAGCUUUGUCCCUCCAUCGGCCAGCCUGCCACCUCGGAGCGCCUGUACGACGCCGUCAACGUGUUGCUGAGCAUGAGAAAUUCUGACAGUGGGUUUGCGACGUAUGAAACAAAGAGAGGAGGGAGACUCCUGGAGCUGCUCAACCCUUCCGAGGUGUUUGGUGACAUCAUGAUAGAUUAUACCUAUGUGGAAUGUACCUCAGCAGUAAUGCAGGCUCUGAAACACUUCCAGAAGGCAUACCCUGAACAUCGUGCGGAGGAGAUAAGGUCCACUCUAAGAGGAGGACUGGAGUACUGCAGGAAGGUGCAGAGGCCUGACGGAUCCUGGGAAGGGUCUUGGGGAGUGUGCUUCACAUACGGAAUAUGGUUUGGCCUUGAAGCCUUCGCCUGUAUGGGCCACGUGUACGAGGACGGGGACGCGUGCGUCGAGGUGCAGAGAGCCUGCCGGUUCCUGCUGGACCGGCAGAUGCUGGACGGAGGCUGGGGGGAGGACUUUGAGUCUUGCGAGCAGCGGCGCUACGUCCAGAGCGGCAGCGCUCAGAUCCACAACACCUGCUGGUCUUUGUUAGGCCUCAUGGCCGUCAGGCAUCCUGACAGGCGGGCCAUUGAGAGAGGAGUGCAGCUGCUGAUUGACAACCAGCUGCCCAACGGAGACUGGCCACAGGAGAAUAUUUCGGGCGUGUUCAACAAGAGCUGCGCGAUCAGCUACACCUCCUACAGAAACGUCUUCACGGUCUGGACGCUCGGUCGCUUCUCCACUCUUUACCCCGGCAGUCCGUUGGCUGGGAAGGUGAAACUGUGAAGGACUACGUGCUCGUGUGAGAAAACAGGCCACGUUCAGUCCAUCGUUGGGUGACGUGCAUCUUUUUUGAAACAUUGAAACUGAAAAUACUUUUAUCUGUGUCUUCGGGAGUCGAGUCCCAUCAGAUAAAAAAGUCCCGCUCUUCAUUCUUUGAAUUACUUUCACGCGUUGACAUUCCAGGACGGGCUCGUCCAUCACAGCAACUCCCUCGAAAAAAACAUUUCGCAAUAACACGCCGCUAAUCCAAGAGACACCCACAGUUCAUGUGCUCCGGUUUACUAAGUGCAUUAAAACAUUUAUAUCCAUGUUGCAUGAGCACGUACUGUAUGUAAAUCUCCUAUUGCCCAAUAAAUCACAAUACUGGUCAAUUCUGAAUUGUUACAUUGAUUAGGCCAAACAAAGGUUUUUUCUGCAAAACACCAAACGCAGCGACACAAACGUUGACUUCUUUCGGAGCCUCCGAUGUACGAACUUCUGUUUGACCCUUCGCGCAGAAUGAGGAAGUGGUUGCACCACCUCCUCCUCCUCCUCCUCCUCCUGCUGCUGCUCUGGCUAUGUUCUCCUAUUGUUGAGGGUACAGUGGAAGUGGCAGCAGGGUUUCAAAACGUGCAACCUUUCAGUCUCACUUCAGUCGCUGUGUCUCCUCUACCGGUCAUUCAUUACACGCCCGAUGUAUUCAGUGGUGAACAAAUCUGUGCCCUUUGACCCCCUUAUUUCUGUCUCUGGCACGCCUGAUAUGUCUUAAUUUUUUCAGAGUUACAGGUGUGGUGUUGGGGAAUGUUUUGGAGAGUUUGUUUGUUUUCUUUCGUCGCUGAGACACGGCUCUGUGUCCGGUUGAGCUAGUGUGUCUCCUCUUUUUAUGUCUGCUGAUAAGAAAGCCGGUUUUUUAAACUGCCUCCCCCACCUUUCUCACGUGUCCUCUUCUGGAGGACAAAUCUGGAUUCUAAUCGCAGUAUAAAUCAGUUGAUUUACCCAAAAUGUGCUCCUUGAAUGAAAGAAUUGACUCGUUUUUGGACCAGGCCUUUUAAGGUGAGCGUGUUCCACGUUGAAGGAGGAAGAGGAGGGUAAAACCUAUACAUGUAUUCAAAUAUUAUUCCUGUGGAUAUGUCAAAAAAAAAAACAGUUCUUCGAAUGUUCUUUGUACAAUUCAGAUUUCCACUCCAAAAACUCAAAAAAUGUGAGACUUCAUUUGACUCCCUAAAGACUUGACCUGUGAUUUGACCCCAUCAAGUCUUAACCUGAGCAUUUUAGAUACGACUCCUAAAAGACUUUCCUUGAGACGCUUGACAUGCGAGGCUCAACUAAACCUGAGACUUUAAUCCCUAAAGACUUGAGUCUGAAGGAAUCCUCGACCCACAGAGUUCAUUUCUACACGAGUUACUCACCCGUUGUUACUUUGCCUCUUCAGUGAAUGAAGAAGAGUCACAACACUGACUUUAAACUCAGAAUUCAGACUUGAAUCUCAGAAUUGUGAUUAUCGUGUGUGUGUGUGUGUGUGUGUGUGUGUGUGUGUGUGUGUGUGUGUGUGUGUGUGUGUGGACACAAGAGGAUUGACAGCUCAGACUCGAGGAGAAUGUACCAAAACAAAAACAGGUUUUUCAAACUCAAAACUUGUGUGUGUACUUUAUGGUCCAGAUGAUGCACGCUGCCACUCACAAUGCAAAUAUGUUCUGAUAAAAGAAGGAGGGGCUCUGCCCUGAUGGACUGAUUUAGGCUCAGCUGGAGCUUCACAUAAAAGGAGCAGCAGGUAACAGCUGUGUCAGCAGACCUGCUGUCCAGCACACAUUAUUUGUCGUUUGACGAGACAUUCAACUGCCUGCAGGGGAUCUUCGGGAGAUGUCCGGACGAGGGGGGCACUGUAAAGGAGGAGGCCGUGGUGGUCACGGCCACGGGCAUGGACAUAAGCAUAGACAUAAGCAUGGACAUAAGCAUGGACAUGGGCAAGAACAAGAACAUGGACAUGGGCACGGACACGGUCAUGGACAUGGGCAAGAACAAGGGAAAAAGUGCAAGCGCAGGCACAAGGGAGGUCACAAGCAUCUCAAGUGUCACAAGAAAGGAAAGGAGUGUCACGGGUCCUCCAGCAGCUCCUGCAGCAGCAGCUCCAGCAGCAGCAGCAGCAGCAGCAGCAGCAGUGAUUCUGACUAGAUGACGACUCCACCGCCUGCAAACCUUUGCCAAGGAUAACAAAAUUAACUGAAAAGGUUCUUCGCAACUCAAUCGUCGCACGCCCUGAGACAUUUUUUUUUUUUUUUUCUUCCAAAGCUGACUGUUUCCAUUGUUUUGCAUUGGCUUUGUGCCCCCCCCCCCAAAAAAAGGUAAAUAAAGUGAAAACGGAGACGAUUCUCUCAA